CCCCCGCUCGACCGGCGGUGGUAGCGCCCGGUGGCGGCGCGCUCGGGCCGGAGCGGCGGGGCGGGGGUCGGGGCCGGGGCCGCACCGCGGGGGGAUGACGCUCUUCGGCAGCGGGGACGCGGGCUGGAGAUAUUUGGACAUGGCCAGGGAACCCAAGCCAAGCCGGGCCAGGCUGGGCCAGAAGCGGCAGCAUGGCAGCAGCCUGUACCACAGUAACUGCGACCUGGACUACGAUCUCUACAGGGACAACUUCCCGUAUCGGGUGUACGAGUACCAGAAGAUCCCCCCCCUCAUUAACCGCAUCCCGGUCAAGGCCAGACGAACUCACGUGGGAGCAGGAGGCAAAAGCAGCCCGAGCCCCCAGCCUGGGGCGAGGAGCAGCACUAGCUCCACAGUGGGACGGACAAAGUUGCGGGCCGAAGAGCUGCACUCCAUCAAGGGGGAGCUGAGCCAGAUCAAGGCGCAGGUGGACAGUCUGCUGGAGAGUCUGGAUCGCAUGGACCAGCGGAGGGAGCGUCUCGCGGGGUCCAAGGAGAGUGAGAAGAAGAGGGUAGAGACAGGGGCAGAGUCGCCGUCUCCAGCAGGAGAGGGGUCACGGGAGCCCCGGGGAAAGGAGGGGACAGGAGCUGACGGGCACAGUGACCUGCGCAACAUUGACAGUGCUGAGGAGAGCACAGACACGGAGGAGACGGUAGGAGGAGGGCUAGAUCCUGUGCCAGGCCCACUGCUUUUCUAGAAUUCUCCCCUGCUUGCUGCCCGCAUGGGUCCUGACAGAGGAUGCCCAGAGCAGAGAUGCUUCAUCAGGGUCCCCAAACCCAUCCCAGCUGCGUGCCAGGGCCACAACUGCCCGUGCCUCUGGGACAGCCCCCAGCACCCUGCAGCAAACCCCUGGCCAUGCACAACUCCAGCAGCACAGGCUGCACAAAGAUCCUUAGAGUAGAAAUACCUUUUAUCAAAGCCGCUGCUCCCACACCUGCAUCCCCCAGCUGGGUGCAGGACCUCAGGGGUCCCCAGGCCGGGCAGGGUGCUGGGUUUGAUCCUGCUGCUGGGGCGCAUCAGAGGAUGGCCAUGCUGUGUUUCUCCUUGCAGAUGAAAAACCACAUGUCAGACCCUGAGGGGAGCCAGUAGAUGGACUGGGGUGCCGCAGCCUCCCUGUGUGGCCAGCCCUUUCCGUCUUGUGUUCGUAUUUCUUUUGAGGCUUCCAGCGAGUGCCACGCGCAACGCGAGGUGCCCGCUCUCAGCACGGCCAACCCCUGCAGCCGGCAGCCCCGUAUCCCACCCCUGCGAGACACCGGCCAGCCGUGGCGAGAGGUCUUUGUGUUCGAGUGCGCUUGUUUUCUUUUUCCUCCUGUUUUCAGACCUAGGGAUAAGCAGAUGUGGCCAGAGGAGGGAGGGGAGGAGCAAAAAAAACCACCCAAAAGGACCAUCUCCCAAAGGAGCAUCCCAAAUCCUGGCUGCCUUGCCUGCCAGCAUCCCCUCACUCACAGGGUGCUGUGGGGCUCUGAGAAAGCACCCCAGGGCUCCCAGCCCCUAUGGCAGAGGUUGCACCCCAACGUGCCCUUCCGUGGAAGCCCACCCUUCAGACCCCCCCAAGGAACUGGCCCAGCAAGGUGCAGCAGGCAGGGCUAAGCCCAGGCUGGCUUUCGGAGCCACUCAGCAUCCCACCACAAUGCCACAGGAAGGAGGGACCACCCUGAGACAGUUCCAGGAGACUUUUGCAGGAUUUUGGGAUGGUGCUAAACCCGGCUCCGACACCAGCUGCAGGACCAGCAGCAAGGUGAUGCAAACCCGAUUGCUCCCGGUUGCCCCUGCUCCCAAAUGGGUUUCCUUACUGGUUUACUGCAGGCUGUUCUUGGCCAGGGAUCGCGUUUGCAGUCAGCAGGACUCCUGUGAGCAGCUUUGCCAGGGCUCCUUGCCUGUGCCCAAGGAAUCAUAGUUGUCCCCCCCCUGUGCUCCCCAGCGUUGCAUUUUCAUUCAGUGUCCUUCAUUUCUAGGUUGUCCUUCUCUCGCUGGUAGGAACUUGUUCUGUAUUUCUAAUUUGCUCUGGUAAAAGAGUGUAUUGUGUCGGAAAGAAAAAUAAUUUGUAUUUCUUUUCUCUGGUUAUUUGA